CUGUACACGGUAAAGGAAACGACAACGAUUAUUACAAAAUUCCGAGUCACACGUUUCUUCUUCUUUCUCUGUUUUUCUGGUUUCUACUAUAUCCCUUUUCCAUUUCCAUUACAACAACCCUAAAACAACGCACACCACAACCCUGGAACCAUCCACAUGGCGCUCAUCAACAACUUCUGGAUUCUCUCCUUCCUUCUCUUCCUCAUCACUUCCCCACUCCUCCAAGUUGUUAGGUGUCAGUCAGAUGAAGCUGCUGAGAAUGCUGGUGAAGUGAGUGACAUUGGAAUUGUUGGUGAUGAAACCGAUGAUGCUCAAGACUUUGCGGAUGGAGGCUUCCCUUCUGCCCCGGGGAUUGAUACCGUCUGUGUCUUCCCUAAGAAUAUUGCAAGAUUGGUAAAAGGUGGUGAAGAGGCAGAGCUGCUUGUCGGUCUGAAAAAUGAUGGGCAGUCGAGUUUGAACGUUGUUGCAAUUAAGGCCAGCGUUUACCUUCCAUCUGAUCAUCAUCUUCUUGUUCAAAACCUUACUGUUCAGGUUUUCAACAACGGCUCUGUGCCAUCAUCAGCUCAGGCUACUUUCCCAUAUAUAUUUUCUGUCAGCAAGUUCUUGAUGCCUGGACCGUUUGAUCUUGUGGGCACCAUUGUAUAUGAGAUAGACCAACAUCCAUUCCAAAACACCUUCUAUAAUGGCACUAUUGAAGUUGUUGAGCCUGGUAUUUUAUUCAGCAUGGAAUCUGCUUUUCUUUUUACUCUUGGAGCUGCACUUCUUGUCCUACUUGGGCUAUGGAUUAAUGGUCAAGUACAACAGAGCUUUAAGAAACCAAAAAGAUCUUCCAAAGUUGAAGUUGGGACUAAGACUACAGAUGCUUCAAUGGAUGAAUGGCUUGAGGGAACUGCAUAUACUCGGUCUACGUCAAGCAAAUCUAAGAAGAAGUAGACUACUAACUCUUCUCUAGCUCAGCCGCGCGAGACCCUUCCACGGAGUACAGAAUCUUGUAAUAGACUAGGUUGGAGAGAGAACUAGCAAGAAGUUCUAAAAUUUAGGUUGAAAAGACCUGUCUUUGUGUUGUAACUUGUAUGUAGCGUAUGAGAGCAUUUUUAUGGCUAUUGUUUUGCUUAGAAAAUAAUAACAGGGAUCUGAGUUAGUAAUACCAUACGACUUUGAACUGGCAGAGUUUGGUUAGAUUCUGUUAAUUUGAUCUGGAUUUUGUUAAA